AUGCCGAUUGCACAGUGCACAUUUUUGAGCAAAGUCGCAGCGGCGCAGUUGAGAAAAGCUUACGUCGCGUCGCAGCGAUAUUUCAAAUGCACAGUGCAAAACCAAAAAAAGGUGAGUGCACGGUGCAUAACUCACAAAAUUUUUGUGCACGGUGCGGAUGACGGGCCUUGGACCCACGACGUCCAAGGCCCAAAAACUUUGAAAAAAGAAAAAAAUUUCCCAUGAGUUCGCGCUCACUCGGCCGUCAUAAUGCGACAGCAAGAUCCAUAGAACAUAAACAUCUCCAAUUUUAUGUGUUUUUGCAAUAAAAGACGGUCUUUCUGGCCUUUUACUUUAUUUAUGAGAUUAUAAUGGUAGAAAAAUACGGCAUAAAAACAGAACAAGGCAGAAUAAGGAGAAUGUCUAACAAUAACGUCCUUUACUUGACAAAAGUCCAAGUUUUUUAGUUCAUUAGACAAAUUUGUUUGGGGGUCUUGGCCGAUAUUAUCCAUGAUAAAAAAUUUAAUUUUUUUAAAGGAAAAUUAUUUCAGGAGGUCUGAUCACCUCCGUGAGAUACUAUAUGACCCCCGUACAAGCCAAAACAACACAUAUUUCACCCAUUCUCACCAUAAAAUGCAUGUACAUUAUAAUUGAAAUUUUUUUCUUCAACAUGAAUAAAACCCCCUUUCCCCGAGACCAGAAAACACCAGAAAAGACAAAGUAAAUACUGGUUAUUACGUGAAUUCCCCAUUCAGGUAAACAAACGCCUCUAGGGCCGAGCAUUUCCACCUAAAAUAUUGUUUUACCCGACUUGAAAGCCAAAUAAACGUCGGAAGAUUAAACUCGAACCGGUUUGGCCCUGUUGGGCAGGUAUAACAUACGUGUGACAGGAAAGGAACCGAUAUCUUGUUCAACAUCGACGAGAAAUCGCAAAGAAGAAAAAUUCGAGAAAAAUGUUGGGCGCAGCUCGCGGAUAUGGAACUGCAGGCUGCGAAGAGGUGAUAAAUGAUAAUAAGGUCGAUUUGCAAAUUUACAAACUCCAAGGGCGACAAAGAACGACAGAGAUCAUAUUGAACGUAAUUCUGACAGAUUUAGAUUCUAGGACAAGAAUAACCCACGUAUUUGUGAUAUCAAAUAUUAGAAAGGUCAUAAAAGGUUACUGUAAUAUAAUAGUUUAGUAAUCUUUGAAGACCUUGUGUUUAUUGGUCCACAUAAGCCAGUAUUGCUCCGAAAACAAGAUUUAUGUCUUUUAUUUGAUGAUAAUUUGGUAAUUUCUAGAAAAAUAAGGCAGUUGACAUUGAGUAUCUGGAGUAAUAUAUCUCAGGGAUACGAUGACUUAUUCCUUUGUCGAUUUCAUUAUUUACAGUGCAGAUAGUCAAAACUUACUUCCAAAAAUUUCAGACUUUCAGCUCUUUUUUGCUUUGAGAUAUUGUCAAUUAAAGAUUUCAUUACUUCAUCUACUAGGUAUAAUAUAACUUUUCACAGCAAUGUUAAUCUUUGGUUUAGCCAAAACUUUUUUUCCCAGAGCCUUGAUUUUUCCUUCAACUACGAAUAUUUGUUUUCCAUGUCCCUCGCAAUCGAUGUAAAAUACACGCAAUCGGGAUUACAGUAAUCCCCUUCAUGUACGUGUUGAGAUGCUUUUAAAGUUUAGCCUGCCCAAAAAGUGGUCAUCGAAUAUGUAGCCCUUGGAAUAUUUAGGCUGGUAGCCAUCGGAAGAGGGGUCUAAUUGACGUAAAAGAUAUAAAACUUGGUAUUAAAUUGGGAUUAAGGAUGUGGAAACAAUUGAAGGUCUUGAAUGAGAGCGUAAACAGGAUGAGUUGUAUAUAAAGCGAGGGGCAAUAGAUUCUAUAAGGUAUAAAAAUACGGACAAAAUUUAUAUUUCAGAUAAUAUUGGACGGCUGGAAUCAUGGUGAGUAUCAGUUGCUUUGUUUAAUAUAAUACAAAAAAGUAUGAUUUAUUCAAUUUUGGCGUCUUCUAAAACGAAAAACAUUGAUUGUAGAUAGAUAUCAUUCUAAUGAAAAUUUUCUAGUACGGCUACAUUCACGAUGUGAUGAAGUCCAUGAUCCUCGAAUCCCACGGAGAAGAAUUCUGGAUUUCCGUUUUGUAAGCUAACAGACUAGGAAUUGCUUACAUGAUUUUUAUUUUUAGAGAGGAUUCCACCAAAGAUCCCAACACUGAAUACUCAUCCAAUAAGCAUUAUGAUGACAUGGAUACGUUCUCGUUGUUUGCCAGUAUCAGCAAGUUGACCCGUAAGUUUAAAAAAUUUUUUCCGGCUUUUUCAUCACUAUGUAAGCCUUUUUUAUUAAACGUUUCUAAACUGUCUAACAAUAAGUGACUUCAAAUUUUCAGGGAUUCCAAAAGAAGAAGUGUUGGAAAACUUUGGCCGUCACUUUUGCCAGUAUGUGAUAGAGAAUGGAUACGAUGAAUUGCUCAGAAGUUUGAGCCCUGAUCUGAGGGUAAAUAAAAUUUUUUUUGUGGCCGUUUGUAAAAAAAAUUAACGCUCGCUUUCCAAGAGCAGUCGAAAUAUUUGACAGUCUUUUUCGACGAGAGACAGGGAGGAAUGCGGAGAGCGGUUGGAAAAAAACAACUUUUCCGGCCCGCCAUUUUCAGAAACACACCUAUUAUUUUUUUACAUGGCCUCACAAUUUGAUAAGUGUCAAAUUUACCGCAAUUUUGGACUAAAAAUCUCGGUUGUUUCUGCAAAGCGCGUUUUGAAGGCUUCUAAUUAGUCUUGGAAGAAAUUGGCCUAAUUUUGUAACAAUUUGCACUGUAAUGACUUUAAAAACCUGAUCAUCUCUUUGCAGGGUUUUCUCAACAACAUGGACUCCCUCCAUUACUUCAUCGAUCACGUCGUCUACAAAGCCAACAUGAAAGGUCCCUCGUUUCGUUGCGAACCCGGCGAUGGCAGUCAUAUCACGUUGCAUUACUUGUCCAGUCGAAAUGGGCUUUAUCCCAUCGUCAAAGGGCUCCUUCGUGAGUUGGCGAAGAGGAUUUUCGAUAUGGAAAUUGACAUCAACAUAGCCGGAAGAACCCAAAAAGUGGUCCAGUAUUCCAGUGGAGAGCGCACUGAAGAGCAUGUGAUCUUCAAUAUAGUGGUAAGGAGUAUCAAAAAAGAUGUGAGCAGCAUGCGUGCUUACCAUGGUUUUAGACGAAACAAGAGAGUGAAAAGACGAGAAGUGCCACAGCAUCGCCUGCCAUCCAACUUGACAACACUGUAGAUUGGCAGCUGAUGGUCAGUCCCGACGAUUUUGUGGACAUGAUGCCGUAUCACUUCGUGGUCGACAGAGAUUGCAAAUUGGUUCAAGUUGGGAGUAGAUUAUGGUGAGAAAAGGUUUUUGAGAUUAUGUUCAGCCCAUGAUAUAAUAUACUUGGUUGUUUCUGCAAUAUUGAUCUUGCUGUUAUGUAGAAAAAUUUAAUCGCAAUUUUUUUGUUUUCAGUGAGCACAUUUCUGAGGAUCUUCUUGUGGUGAGUUUUUAAAAUAUAAAUCAUUUUCUUGGCCGUUUGUUUAUUGCAAUAAUUAAGUACAGUAGGGGACCUGAUCCAUUGGCAAAGACGGUACUAUUUUGCAUCCAGGAAGUAUCAGAAAAUGUAGCAAAAUACCUCCCUCUCCAAGUGAAAAAAAAUCCGAUUCAAAAACGCACCCGCUCUUUGGCCCUUCAAAACGAAGUUUUUUCACUUGAAGAGGGAGGCGUUUUGCAACAUUUUUUGAUACUUCCCCGAUGCAAAAUGGUACGUUUUUUGCCACUGGAUCAGGUCCGUUACUGUACGUCCAAUAGUGACGAUAACUUUAAGGUGGGAACCCCGAUUUCUCGGAUAUUCGAAAUCCAUCGCCCACAAAUCACCUUGGAAUAUGAAAAUAUAUGCAAUUUCAUCAACGGCGUCUUCAUUUUGCAAUCCAGAUCCAUUCCACUGAUGGUUCAAAAACAACAAAACCCCGCGCCCGGCUCGCUCCCAAACUCUAGGGCUUCCGGACAUUCGUAAGAAAAUGGGAAAAGCUUUCAAAAAAUUUAAUUUUCUCGAUUAUAGAAACACAGGAGCAGCUGAGGAAGGUGGUGUGAUAAAUGCGCAGCAUUUGAAGCUGAAGGGGCAAAUGAUGCUGAUUGAUAACGACAAUAUCAUCUACCUUUGUUCGCCAUAUGUGAGAACGUUGAACGAACUGGAUAACUUUGGCCUCAAACUGUCAUCAUUUUCCGUUCAUGAUUCUACGAGGGAUUUGAUUCUGCUGAAUCAGCAAAGAACCAGCGAUGUGGAGGGAUUGUAGGUUUUAGAAGAUAUAUACUAUCUACAGUAAUUCAGUGGCAAAAAACGUAUCAUUUUGCAUGCUGGAGGCAUCAAAAAUGCGGCAAAAUGCCUCCCUCUCCAAGUAAAAAAAACUUUAUUUUGAAGCGAAAUGAAGUUUCCCUCACAAAAAAGCGGGCGCGCUUUUGAAAUCGGAGUUUUUUUUACUUGGAGAGAGAGGUAUUUUGCCACAUUUUACUGUAAGACUGGGCUUGAAAUUAUCUGAAAUUGAAUAAAGGUCGAUCCAGAUUCUCUAUGGAAACUUUGAAAAAAGUUGGGUAUACUUGUUUCUUCUUCCGCAAAACAAAUUUUCAGAGCAAAACUCGAGCGUCUCAACCAAGAAAUCGAAGAAGUGGAGGCAGAAUUGGGAGAAAAGGAAGAGUUCCUGGACGCUCUUCGUCAUGAAACUUUCCCUGGAAAAAUCGCUCAGCAAAUGUCUCAAGGCAACGAAAUAACCACGCGUAAGAUACCUUGGUCAUUCAAGUUAUUAAUUUGACAAAAAAAAACUACUUUUAAUUUCAGAAGUGUUCGACCUGGUUACUGUAAUGUAUGUUGAUGUUCCCACUUUCCAACUUCUCCUUCGUCAAUACAGUGCGGCCGAAGUAGUGGGGAUGAUUGAAGAGCUGUUUGACCGAUUUGACCGCUUGGUUCAUAUGAACGACGUCUAUAAGAUUAGCGGGGUAAAUUUUUAAAAUCUGUCAUCUUUCGCCUGGUACAACAUAAUUUUUGCCCAUAAUCGCCAAGAAAUUAACCUGAAUCGCUCUCCAUACUAUCCAUAAAUCCCAUUAUAGAUCGGAGAGACCUAUGUAUGUGUUGCGGGGGUCCCAGAACCAACCAUCGACCAUGCCGAGACCAUGAUUCAUAUUGCACUUGGUAUGGAAUGGAAGGCUCGGAUGGUGGUGGACCCCAAGAAGAAGGAGAGCAUGCUGGUCAGAUGUGGAAUCCACACGGGCUCGGUGAUUGCUGGAGUGGUCGGAGAGAAAACUAUGAGGUAUGUAUAUAAGUUUUUCAUUUUUAAAUUUCAAAUUUCCCGCCAAAACUAAAAAUUUUUUGGCAUUCUGUAUAUUUAUUAAUUACAAACUCUGGACGUAUUCUACAACUCUGUACAACAUUCUAGAAACGUGUCAGCGAUUUUAUUUUGUAGAAUUUAAAUUUCCCGCCAAUUUUUUAAAUCCUUGGCAUUCUGUUUCAACCUGGAUUAUUAACCAACCCAUUAGAUCACCGUAUUUUAAAAUCCGCCGUUUCCUUUCAGAUACGCCGUUUACGGCGAAUGCAUGAACGUUGCAAUGAAAAUUCCCCAAGACUCGGCGCCCGGACGAAUUGUAAUCACCGAAACGACCCGACAAUCAGCCCAAACCACCGGAAGAUUUGAUUUCGAGCCCCGAGGAAUGACCGCGAUUCCUGAUCAUGACAAUAUGGAGACAUUCUAUGUGAAGAAAUCGUACAAGAAAUCCGUUUUUGAAAUCAUCAACAGAGCUAGAGGUGAGCCGAAAAGAGGGCGUAUUUUACUACUGUAGCGGGCACUUCAAGGCCUAAAAUUGGUUUUAUUAGAAAGUAUCUGACUAGGUCUUUCUUUCUAUACCACAUUUCGCGCAAUGCCACUUUCUUAUCAAAGCGUAUUUUAGACGAGAACAUUGACAGUAUCGAUGGCUAUGCCGAAUUGGAGAAGAUCUUACAGGGCGUAGGAGACAAGGUGAUUCUAAAACAACAGAGUUCUGCUUGCCGCAUCCUUUAA